AGAAAAAAGAAAAGAAGAAUGGAUAACCCCGGCAUUUUGGAUCUAACCGGCGAGCAGUUUUUCGGAGGCGAGCGGCGGGAGGUUUCGACGGCGAGCUGCCGGCAGCUGCUGCUGGACACGGAUGCGUGUGGCACUGGUGGUGCCCCGUUUGCCGGAGGCAGCACCGAGGCGAGCGGCUGGUGCUGCAAGAGGCUUCACGGCGGGUGGCGGCCUCUUCGGCGGCGACAGUGUGGCGACCCGCCUCCAUCCCCCGCUCCCUUCCUUGCCCGUGGCGAUGGACGAGGACCAUGGCCCGACCUCCUUCUCCAUAACCCGCACCCGUGCUCCCCUAUUUUUGCCACUGGACUCUCGUCGCCACGGCGGCGGCGGCCCCUGCCUCCACUCCACGCUCCUCUUCUCUUCGUCGCGCACGGCGGCAGAAGGAGGGGUUCUGAUGGGAGCAAGGCUUGCGACCCCUCCGUCACAACUGCUCCGGAGCCCGGACAAAGCCGAGGCCGUCUCUGUGAACUCUCCAGCGAGCUGACCAUUGCCCUCCUCCAUCUAAGAUGCAAGGUAGCAGCAGCAACACAGGUUCCAUGGCCUCUGUCGCAUAGCUGCCACCCAAGCCGUCCCCAGGGUACGGUGGUGGUUGGCAUUAUGUUUGAUGCGGGCUGCAUCUACUCCCACGACAACAGUGUCAGCAACUAGGUGUUCACCAUCGGAGUUCUUCAGUAUCGCCCCCUCUCCGUCAUUAGCAAAAUUCAGGAUUGGCGAGAAGAAAAGUGAACAUAAAGGCUUCAGAUCUAUUAAUAGGAUACGAUGUUGCUUCCAACCCAUGGAUAUGAAUGUUCCGGUCGCCGGAGAGAUUGUUGGACAGAUGAAGUUGAUGAGAAAUCUUUGCCCCCCUGCAAAUUAAGCAGCUUGAAGACCAAGCUGAAACCUGUACGAUGGCACUGAAGUUGCGCCUCCAAAUCUCUUUGCAUCUUGAUGUAAUUAGCCCAGUAGUAUUCAGUUCUGUAGUAAUGAUUUGUGAUUUUUCCUGCUGCUGGUUACCGAGUGCCAAGUGGCAUUUAGUUUCUCCAAUGGAAUUUCAUUUGUACUCGUAUGGAUGAUUUUUAUUACGUGAGAUAUUUUGUGGAAUCAUCAGUUUUUUUUUCUACAUGGAAUAUAUUUAUUUG